CCUUCCGACCCCCCCCUCCAUCGGCUUCGACUCGGCUGAAGGCGAAGCAAAAAGAGAGGGAGAAAUGAAAAAAAAAAAAAUUACCCUCAUGAAUAAUGAACCCUGUUAUUGAUCCUGUGCUUACUCGACUACCUCUCUCUUCCUGGAUUUGCCUACCAAUACGACCUGGGACUGGUUCUGCUAUGAGCGAAUCGUCGCCUCCAGUCCUGCCUUUUCUUUUUUAUUAUUUUUUUUCCCUCACUCUCUGUUAUUCCGCCAGCGAAAAGGAUCGACACGGGACUCUGCGGACCAAUUUAGGACGUACAUCAUUUUCCAGCCACGUCCCCUUCUCACCCCUCUCGUGUCUGUCUCCUGCCAUGCCCUUUUUCUUUUUUCUUUUUUCAUUUUACCGAGUCAGGUCUCAUCCACAAUGAGCCUUAUGGUCCCGUAGUUAUCAAGUCCUUGUCCAUUGUCUAGUCUCGGCCAUUUACCUGUUGAACGGCCUUGGUUCAGCUCCAGUAAACCACCCGUAAACUACGUAUCCAACUGCCGCAUAGUGGGUGCUUCAACCGCGUGCGCAGUAGAACCUCACCCCCCUCUGUCUACGACUUCCGCGUAUCUCGCCUCUUGUACU